CAAACCCAGUCCGUUUUUACUUUAUUUUUCGGUUCCGUCCAUCCGUCCACUAGGGGGCAGUGUGACAUGUUCAGGUACAUCAGGAGCGUAGAAGAAGAAAGAAUGAAAACAAUAUGGCGGCUCCCACGGAACACGUUGAAGUCUCCUCCUCUUCAGCAGAUCCAACAGAAACACCCGAACCCAAACCUCCUGAACCCACCAGAGACCCAGAAUCCUCCGAUUCAGAACCCGCUGGUCCAGACCCACAUGAGGACGAAGACGAGGACGGAGGUGAACCGGCGGCUCCAAAGGUCCGUGAAACCCCGGAGGACAUCCGGCUGGAGGCCAUCGCCAACACGGUGGCUGUGCACCCGGGGCGGGACGUCCUGGUGUGCGGGGACGUGGACGGGGACGUGUACGCCUUUUCCUACUCGUGCACGGAGGGCGAGACCCGGGAGCUGUGGUCGUCCGGACACCACCUGAAGUCCUGCCGCCAGGUCCGGUUCUCCGCGGACGGACAGAAAGUGUUCACCGUGUCCCGGGACAAGGCGGUGCACGAGCUGGACGUGGAGAGGGGACAGCUGGUCACGAGGAUCCGAGGGGCCCACGCGGCUCCGAUUAACAGUCUGCUGCUGGUGGACGAAAACAUCCUGGCGACCGGAGACGAUAAAGGCACCCUGAAGGUUUGGGACAUGAGGAAAGGGACGUCCAUCAUGGAUCUGAAACACCAUGACGAUUACAUCAGUGACAUAGCAGUGGACCAGGCCAAGAGGAUCCUGCUCACCGCCAGUGGUGACGGUACUUUGGGCGUCUUCAACAUCAAGCGGCGGCGCUUCGAGCUGCUGUCGGAGUACCAGAGCGGAGACCUGACCUCAGUGGCCCUGAUGAAGAGGGGCAAGAAGGUGGUCUGCGGGUCCAGUGAGGGGACCAUCUAUAUCUUCAACUGGAACGGCUUCGGAGCCACCAGCGACCGCUUCGCUGUCAAAGCUGAGUCUGUGGACUGCAUCGUCCCCGUCACCGACAGCAUCAUGUGCACCGGCUCCAUGGACGGGUACAUCCGAGCCAUCAACCUGCUCCCUAACCGGGUCAUCGGAUGCAUCGGCCAACACGUGGGCGAACCCAUCGAGGAGCUCGCCACAUCCUGGGACUCCCGCUUCCUGGUCAGCACGGGCCACGACCAGCUCAUCAAGUUCUGGGACAUUUCCAGUUUACCGAACACAACAGUCAACGAGUACCGCAAGAGGAAGAAGAAAGACGGCAGGAUGAAGUCUCUCACCAAGAAAGCACACGGAGACAAUGACUUCUUCUCAGGACUUGUAGAGGAAACGGAGAAGAAAGAACAAGACAAUGAAGAAGAGGAGGAGGAAGAGGAAGAUAGCGACAGUGACAGCGGCAGCGAUUAAAAAAA